AUGGACAACACAACAGCACUAACAUUCACAAUGACUGCCUACUCUGUCAUGGAAAACCACAAAUAUGGGCUGUUUACUGUAUUCCUCCUGCUGUAUGUUGUUAUUAUCACUUUGAAUUCACUGCUCAUUACUGUCAUACACCAAAACAAAGAGUUGCAUCAACCUAUGAAUGUGUUCACAUGUAUGUUAUCCAUCAAUGAAAUGUAUGGUAGUACUGCAUUGUUACCUGCAAUUAUGUCUUUGCUUAUGUCAGAGACCCAUGAAAUACCCGUGAAAUGGUGUAUGACUCAAAUCUAUUUCCUGCACACAUAUGCAAGUGCUGAGUUUUGUUUUUUAGCUGUUAUGGGAUAUGACAGAUAUGUUGCUAUCUGUUACCCGCUGCAUUAUCACAGCAUCAUGUCUAAUUCAAAGAUAGGUAAGCUUGUUGCAUUAGCAGCUCUAUACCCAAUGACUGUGUUUGGAUGUUUUUACUCACUAACCUUACAGCUCAGCUUCUGUGGAAAAGUCAUACCGAAAUUAUACUGUGUGAACAUGGAAUUGGUCAAAAACUCAUGUUCAAAUGCAUCGUACAUUAGUAUUGUGGGACUUGUACUUAUUCUGGCUUUGAUUGUGCCUCAGGUAGUGAUGAUUGUUUUCUCUUACGCACAGAUUUCAAGAGUGUGUAGGAAAUUAUCAAGAGAGUCCCAGGGCAAAGCUGUUAAAACAUGUAUUCCACAUUUAUUAUCUUUGCUAAACUACAGCAUUGGUUCCUUUUUUGAGAUUAUCCAAACUAGAUUUAACAUGAGUUAUGUAACUGCUGGAGCACGAAUCUUCCUGUCUUUAUACUUUGUCAUUAUUCAACCAAUUGUCAACCCAGUGAUAUAUGGAAUUGGCACUCAAAUAAUAAGAGUCCAUAUACUGAAACUGUUUAUUAGACACAAGAUCCCAAUCAAUUUAGCAACGAUUACAGCUUAG